CUGCUUGAUGUAAUAUCUGUGAGGUUGAUUAUGUUUGUACCUUGGAAAUAUUCAGCUCAGUUUGUGUUUUUGAUGGAUUAAUCUUUUAUUGCUGGCUUUAUUGGCUAAGGUCUCAGAUAUGUGAAUGCUUGUGUAUCUGCAGCAAGCUUAUGUUGUUGUUUUUUUAUUGAUUUGCCAAUCUUGUGUUGUUGCUUGGUUAGUUAAUUGAUGGUGAAUUAGGAGUUUCAUUGCUACAACAGUUGGUUAGUCUUUACAAAAAGGAGAUUGUGAUGGAAGAGCUUUCAUACCCUUAAAUUAAAUUUUGGGUUAUUAAAUGCUCUUGAGGUGUUGGACGUUAUUAGUGCUGAACUAGCAUCUUUCCUAAUUUAGUUUCGAAGUUUCUGAAAUCUGAGCUUCACAUCCUUCCCUUGAAGUCAAGAGAACCAUUAAUCUUGUCAUGGACUCUAUUGCUUUAUUGCCUUUGAUGAAGCUUGAUUUAGUGGAUGUCUGCAUAAGGAAUCAAACUAAUCUAAAUGACUGUUAAUGGGUUAGAAGGUGUUUCAAAUAAAGUGGAACAAGGUUACUCUCAUUAUAUAAUUUUACCGAUAAAAUGAUUCAUAUUUUACUAAAGUCUCAAGUGUGUAUUGGUGUAUGUAUAUGAUUAAGGUGCACUUUUAUGGUUUGUCAUUGAUUUGAUGGAGGAGCUUCAGACUUCAGGUGGCAUAAUGGUGGAUAUUUCUUAAAGCAGUGGUGCUAGAGAUCUCCAUGUGCAUAUUAGACAUUGAUAGGAAAAGGCAACUGCAGGCAGGUUGGAUACACAACAGGAUUAAGUGGUUACCUCCUGAACCAGUUGAUAGAUAAUACAACAACAACAAGCGUUAUACCAAAACUAGUUGGGGUUGGUUAUGUGAAUCAUUUUUUGCCAUUCAGCUUUGUAAGACACUAAACCUGCAUUUGCACCAAAGCUUUUAACUCAUUUUCUAUUACAUUCCUCCAUGUCAUCUUAGGUCUCCUCUUUCCGUUUAUCACCAUCUUCAUGGCCCUCAGCACUCUCUCUUUUUGUCUCCAAUAUGUGCAACAUGCAUUUGCUGACGGAUAUGGUCAUUUCUAAGGACUAAUUGGCAUAAAUCUAAUGGAGCCAAACUGCUCCUCUUGGUGAUUUACAUAGAAAAUAUCAUGAAAUUGUUUUGGUCAGGAGAUGAUAGCUAGUUGUGAUCAAGUGAGUUAGUUUACACCCUAAAGUUCAAGUUUACUUGCUUGGAGAUGCAAAGAUGGGGAAGAAUGGGAAGAUCUCAGAAUACAGAGAAAGGCUGGAUAGGACACUGGCAUCCCAGGAGCUGACAGAUAAUGAUGCACUUAAAACCCUUGUGAGGAGUCAGCUCCUCCGGUCUUCACCUGAUGAGAAUGAAGGAUGUACUGAGAAUGUAAUUGAAAAAAAGACUAGUGAAGUAUCCUAUUUUCUUGACAUGUUGAGGAGUGCUUCAGUUAGUGAGCAUGAGGAAUCAAAAACUUCUCAGACAUCACAUGCUGAAUGGAAAUUAAAAGACGACAAUGAAGAGUACCGUGUCAUGUAUCAGCCAGGACCCCAUGGUACUCCCCUUCAUACAUUACUUGUUGAAGGCUAUGUAGAUGGGCCACUUGAUACUUGUUUAUGUAUUUCUUGGGAGUCAACCCUCUACAAGAAAUGGUGGCCACAGAUUAGUUUCCCACCUUUUAAAAUUACGAACUGCAAAUGUUUGCAAAAAGUGCAGAUUGGUGAACAAAUAUCUUUAGUAAGGGUGAAGGUAACGUGGCCGCUAUCAGCUAGGGAGGCAGUUGUGCACUAUUUUUUGUUUGAAUACCUCAAAGAUGGUCUAGUUGUUGUUCUUUUAAACACGAUAUCGGAUUUGGAGAGCGUCGACAAAACUACCCAUGGAUUUACCAGGGAUGGGAUCCCUGAAGUGAAGGAUGUGGUAAGGAUUGAUGUUGUAGGAGGCUUUGCCAUACAAAAAGUGACCAAAGAUAGAAGUUACUUUCGGACUAUAGCAACCGUGGAUUUGAAGCUGGACUUUGUCCCCCCAUCCCUUAUAAACUUUAUAUCAAGGCAACUUGUUGGCAGUGGUUUCAAGCUCUAUCAAAAGGCAGUGGCUUCUGUGUCUACCCAUGAUGAAGAUUAUCGCAAAGCUUUGGAGGAUCCAAUGUAUGCUCGAAUACGUGAGUCUCUUUAUUCCACUGAUGAGACAAAUGGAACUACGGAAGGGAAAGAACUUGAAAACGAUGCUUGCCUUCCACUGCAAGAGCAUUCUCCGAAAGAUAUGGAGAAAAACUUGGAGGAUAUGAAACCGAAAGUUACGGGAGGUGAGGGUGCAAGUGAAUCCAUGUUAGAGAAUGCACAAGUUACAGACAAGAAAAUCUUUUGUGAGAUCGAGGAAGAUGAGAGCGAAGAACUCAUACAAUUGAAAGAUGAAAUAGAUGACACAGAACUGAAAGUUCAUAGCAAUGGCAGUGUAACUGAAAUAUUGCAAAAUAUUACUGUGACUACAGAUAGGAAAGCAUUUGACGAAAUUGAGGAAGAAGAGAGUGACGUUAGUGUAGAAGUAGAGAACUGUGGCGAAAGUAUAGGUCCACCCUUAACUGAUAAAUUUGUAACAAAGAGUCUUGGGAACUGCAAAAGAAAUAUUCUUGUUAGUCCAGAGGUAGAAGAAGCUUUAGAAACUCUAGAGAAGGCCAUUUCUUUGGUCCGGGAAUGUGGAUUUAACAGUCCAGGCAAGUUUUCCCCUGGCGUAAUCAGUGACAAUUCUCCAAACCUACAAAAGGGUGCAGAAAAGGAUUCACCUCUUGCAGACGAUAGAGUAUCUUCAGAUUCUGAGGUCUCUGCUGAAGUAUCCGAAAAAGUUACAGCAGUGGAGAGAACUUCACAUGAAUCCAGGAAUAAAUCCAGCAAUCGUGAUGUCAGCAGGCGUGUGGGAUCGAAUUCUUACACAAGGGAAGUGAACCAUAACAAGAUCGCACCAGCAUCACCAGAACAGUAUCUUCCAAUAGCCACCGAAAGUAUCCAGGUGUUGCGAACUUCCAAGGAUGUCAAUGCAGACCUACCAAUUACAGAUCGAACAUUGCGAAACGAAAAGCAAAUGGAUAUUGAGGUAAAUGGUAUCCAUGAAAAUGUUUUGCAGGUAGAGAAGAAAUCAAGCUGGCGUAGAAAACACAGGUUGUGUUGCUUCAGUCCGAGCCGCCCGUAAAUGGUGACUGUUAUCUUCACAUCCAAAUAAAGUUGAUCUAUGAUAGCUUACACAGAAUUACAGAAAUCUUUUUAUAUGGAUUGUAUCAUUAUAUUCUUGUUUUCUUUGGAGAAACCGAACCAAUAAAUCUUUUGUAUCUCUCAUCCCUCAACUCGGAUAAGAUUUGAAAGCUUAUAGAUUUGAUGAAGAUGAUCAAUGAAUAAGCAACUACUGUGCAAGAACAUCACUUAAAGGUGGUGAUUUACAGAUAAAGACAUGUCCAUUGUCUUACUUGAUGUAUGUUCAAUCCUUGUAAACAUGGAAAAUUUUAGAAAUACACUGAAAUGUUAUGUUUUAUAUAAAUGAUAAGAAUUUUUUUUCCUCUGA